GUUUCUGUCUGUCAGACUCCAUGAUCGACUGAUGGACACACAGAAGCUCACUUGCUUUCUCUUUCAGUGCUCUAGAUCCUGUCUUUUCCGGGCAGGACGUCUGUUGUUUUGUGGACUUUCUUACUUUGACUAUCUCUGCAAGCUUAAAUUGAGUCUUAACCUUCUUCUUCCCUCACCCUUUUGGAUCUUCUGAUUUCCUCCUGUUGGGAUUUUUUCUUCUUCUCCCCCCUCAGCCUGAUUGCCUGCCUCUUGUGUGUGCAUAUCAACUUUUUCCUUUUCCCCCCAUUUGCUCUCCCAUCUUCCACCGUUCCCUGUCUCUCUCCUUGUGCGUGGUUUUUGGGCUAUGCUCUCCUCACCUACUGUGAUUCUCCAGCCUUAUGGACUCCCUGUCUACCCACAGACAACCACAUGCUACCCCAGCAUAGUUCAGGGAGGCCCCACACAGGAGGCCGGACCCAGCAGCGGUGACCCCACCCUGCCUCAGGUCUAUGCCCCUCCUCCCUCAUACCCACCACCAGGUCAAGGUCCGCCAACAUCUGCAGGCAGACUGCCACCUCUUGAUUUUAGCUCUGCACAUGCCGGGUCAGAGUACCCCGAACAUCCCCAGCUCAGAGUCUAUCAGGGCCCUCAGCUUGACGGGGCUGAGGCUCUGACAUCCAGUAACACGGAGGAUGUUUUGGCCCCUGUGACCUCUGACCCCCAGUCUCUGAGCGUGUCGGUGUCAUCAGGGGGAGGAGGAGGAAGUGGAAGUGAUGAGGAGGGGUCAGGUAAGGCCCAACCGAAACGCCUCCACGUCUCCAACAUCCCGUUCCGCUUCAGAGACCCAGACCUCCGCCAGAUGUUUGGUCAAUUUGGCAAGAUCCUUGAUGUAGAAAUUAUCUUCAAUGAGAGGGGGUCAAAGGGCUUUGGGUUUGUCACCUUCGAAAGCGCAACUGAGGCUGACCGGGCGAGAGAAAAGCUGAAUGGAACAAUUGUGGAAGGGAGAAAGAUCGAGGUUAACAAUGCCACUGCAAGAGUAGUGACCAAGAAGCCCCAGACGCCUCUUGUGAAUGGUGAAAUUUCAACUUCUGGCUGGAAGAUCAACCCUGUCAUGGGGGCGAUGUACGCACCUGAACUCUACACAGUUGCCAGUUUUCCAUACCCUGUAGCUACUCCCACCUUGGCCUACCGAGGCUCUGCGCUGCGUGGUCGAGGCCGGGCCGUCUACAACACUAUUCGCUCUGCUGCAGCCACGCCUGCUGCUGUGCCGGCCUACCCCGGGGUGGUGUAUCAGGAUGGACUGUACGGAGCUGAGGUCUAUGGUGGUUAUCCUGCAGCUUACAGAGUGGCUCAAUCACCGUCUGCUGCUACAGCAACCUACAGUGAUGGAUACGGACGAGUUUACACCACAGCUGCAGACCCCUAUCACCACUCAGUUGGACCAACAACAACAUAUGGAGUUGGUACAAUGGCCAGUUUGUACAGAGGAGGAUAUAACCGCUUCACCCCAUACUGAGCCGCCCCGGCUGCUGGCGGGUGGAAGUAAAAGACGUCUCUCUUGAACUCUUGAGACUGACCGAUCCAUGGACGCUGCAGGACAGAUGAUGAGAUCCUUAAACUUAGGAAAGGUGUUUUUUUUUUCCACCUCCUCCUGUCUCCAUCACAACCUCUCCUUCGAGAGACUAAACAGACUGACGUUGUAAAUACUGUAGGACCCAUUCACUGCCCGUUCUACUGAUGAAUAUUUAGCACCUGGAAGAGGAUGUUAUGUAAUAUAUAUAUACAGCUGACAGAUGCUUAAUUGUUUUCCUGAAUUUAAAGAGUACUGAUGCUGGACUCACACUGCAGACGGUGAUAAAAUACUGUGAGAAUGAUUUCUGUGAGUGAUUUUUCAUCACGGGUCAAACUGUACAAAAAAAAGAGCAUUUUGUACAACGUUAAAUGACUUAUUUUUGAUUACUAAACCUCUGUUUGAGUGUGUGUGUGUGUGUGUGUGUGUGUGUGCGUGCGUGUGCGUGUGUGUGAGCAUAUGAGUGAGGUUACCCAGUCGACUGAGAGACAGCUGUGACACUGGUAUCAUUAUUACAAACACACAACUAAUGUUUGUCUGUUGUUGUUUUUUUUUUUGUU